AAAAACUAGGUUAUAUCCAUUUGGAAAUACGUUUGAGUUUGUUGAGAUAAAGAAAGAAAUUCAGCAACAGCAAUGGGUUCUCUUAUGGCAGGAUGGGACUCUCCAACCUUAGAUCCUGAAGCAGCUACAAUAGAGAGGAAUCGAUCGCUCACCAAAGAAGAAAUCAAUGCUUUCUGGACAGCAAAGAAAGAGACAGAGUUAGAACACCUCAGAGCUAUUUCCAAAUUAUCUCAGACUAUUCAGGCUCAUUCUCAGAAAUCUUUAGGCAUGAUCAAUGUUGACGAAAACAGUUUGGAGCAGCUUAUGAACAAAAAUUGCUGGUGGACUAAGAGCAGGUGGGCAUUUCUGAAUGAACCACCAUUGAUGGAAGCUUCUUCCAACAACUAUGUUUCACAGUUUCACGUGGCUAAGUUGGGAUCAUCCAAAACUAAUACCACAAAUGGAAUUAGGGCGUGACAUGAAUAUUUGCUGAUGUUACCUGUGUAUUAUUGUAUUGUAUAUGAGUAAUGCCGUCUGUUUUUGUCGUAAGAACUGUUUGAAAACAUAAUAUUCUUUUACUUUGUGGUUAAGGAAAAGCUGGUUUGUUUCUUUGGUGCCGGAUAUAUACUAUAAACAAUAAUAUAUUAUGAUCUAUCGGAUAUAAACCUUAAGGAGCUA